AUGGUUUGCGCAACGAAAGCCGCCGCUGUCACGCUCUCCUCCUUGAUCGCGUAUGUGCUGGUCAACAGCUUGGCCCGCGCUGUGAACCCCAAGGCCUUUAUCUGGUACGAGGAGGACCACGACGAGCAGCGCUGGAUCGAUUCCUCGCCCUCGUGGGUGGAUCGCAAGGCCUGUCGGUGGCUAGGCCUAUGCGGGACCGCCCACUUCCGCCUGGUGCGGCCCCGCUAUGGCCACCGCAAGUCCACUCUGGGGCGUCUGUCGGCCGACGAGGAGGACGAGCGGUACGCCGCCUGGCGCGAUGCUCAAUUUAACGACACCCUUUCCACCACAACCGUCUGGGACGAAGCUGAACGCUCCCGCCGGCAAAUCCCCCCGUAUGUGUUCCAGUACGCACCGCUGGUCCACCUGUCCUCCCACGAGCAGUUCUGGCCCGGCGACAUCGCGGAGCAUUUGUAUCAUGUCACUCCGAUGUUGAAUUACACGCCCAUCCAGUCGCAGGGCGACCAUCCCACCCUGCAGGAUCUCGACCACUUGAACGAGUUCCAGGGCGGCAACUAUGUGUUCCUGACUAGCAACGACAAUGUAGAAGACCGCCCGCCAUGGAUGGAGGGAGAGAAGAAUAUCCCGGAAGAUCCCGAUGACGUUCUCGAGCAGUCCUGGUCGGACUGGGACGGUCGCGUGGAUGGGCCCAUUCCAGAAGACACCCCCGAGGAACGCGCCAAGUGGUACGACUCGGGCCCUCCCUCGGAGGAUAACGACAGCUGGUCCCCGGAGGAGCUGGGAUAUCUCAGCCCGGAGGACCUGGCCGAUGAGGGGAUCCGGGACGAGCUCCGCAAACGAUUUGGGGGCGAGCCGAUCCACGUUGAAAAGACCGGCGGGCGCAGUAACGCGCCGGCGGUGCUGCUGGUGAUGGACAAAGGACACGGCAUCGUGGACGCCUUCUGGUUCUAUUUCUACAGCUUUAACCUGGGCAAUGUGGUGCUGAACGUACGAUUUGGCAACCACGUGGGCGACUGGGAGCAUUGUCUCGUGCGGUUUCACAACGGCCGGCCCAAGGCGCUCUUCUUCAGCGCGCACUCGGCGGGGGACGCGUACAGCUAUGAAGCGGUCGAGAAGAUCGGUCGGCGGCCCGUGAUAUAUUCCGCCAUGGGCACCCACGCCAUGUAUGCCACCCCGGGCAUACACGCGUACAUCUUGCCUUGGGGUUUGCUGCACGAUCAGACCGACCGUGGCCCACUGUGGGAUCCGCUCCUGAAUGCGCACACGUACACAUACGACCACGACAGCGACACCCUCCGCGCAUCCACCGUGACCCCGAGCUCACCGACGGAGUGGUUCGACUUCAACGGCCACUGGGGCGACAAGUUCUACCCACUGGGUGACCAGCGGCAGUACCGGUUCGCCGGGCAGUACCACUACGUCAACGGACCGCUGGGGCCGCGGUUCAAGCACCUCAACCGGCGCAAGGUCUGCCAGCAGCGCGACGACAGUCCUUGUGUGAUCAAAGACUACAUCGGCGAGCAGACGCGGGCGAAGCGCUGGACAGGCAGUGGACCCGAGCAUGUCAGCGAGCAAGAACGGUGA